UGUCACAGCGACGCCCAACAUCAACACCGAAAAGUAAAGGUGGGCACUCAAAAGAACGUAUCGAUUUGAACCGAUCGGAUGUCAGAGCGCUAUUGGAUGCAAGCAAGAAAGAUGAUUUUGAACAAUUUGUUCAAUGUCUGGAAGAUGUGCGUUGCGCGUCUCCCAAUUGCUCCAAAUCAAAACAGAAAGCAUUUGGCACCGAUUUACAGAAUUAUGCGCUCUAUUUUGACCACGUACUAGCCGAAGAAACUAACCGAACAGAUCUACUAGAAGAUCCCGUUCAUCAACAUGGGCUCACUACGAAAUCCAAUGGGCAUCAUACCAGUUUGUCCAACGGACACGGAUGUCAGCCCAAUUCCCGUCCGGAUCACACGCGAACAGAGACUUCUUGCACCGAGACGAGCUCAUGCAUAUUCACUCCUCCGCCCACUCCACAAACUGGAUUAUUAGUGACCACCGAUAUGGACCCGGGUCUACAAUCAGACCAAUCGAUUAAACACCAGCUCACCCGAUCGGUAUCGCAUGAACCGACCGCGUCCACCCUACCCGUGUCCUCAUCAACUAAGUACUUGGGCACAUUGGCACGACGUCAUUCAACGCAAGAAUUUCUCAGUAUCAAACCGACCGAAGAAGUCGAGCAUACGGUGGGGUCAUUCACAAAACCUGGAUCCGAAUAUCUAAAUCCGAUCAACAUCCCUAAUUUGGGUAAGUGUACGCAAAGGUGA